GGGACUACAUUUAUAUAAUAGAGCAACAUGUUCCUCGGUUUGUGGGGGCAACUCAUCAUCUUUACCCGCUUUUAGAUACCAGCAUCAUCACCACCACACUUGCGCUUGUCCGCAUCCACGUGCUAACUCGUUCCUAUAAUCAACGCAUAAACAGCGAGCACAAGCUUUAACAAAAUGGCGGCUCCUGAUACGAUGGCUCUCAAACAAACGUUUGAGCAGAUGCGCAUCUCAGUCCUAGGUGACAGUGGCAUAGGGAAGGAAUGCUUGGUUAGGCGGUAUUGUCUCGGCAUGUUCAUUAACGAGUAUGACCCAACCGACGACGGCGACGGCUACCGACAUCAGUGCGUCAUCUCAGAAACCAGAUGUAUGAUUACCGUCGACAAUCCACGCCCUUUCGGAAACAGUUUCGUGGCGUCCCGCGUCGGCCGGGAAGCCGACGCACUGGUGUUUGCGUACGACGGAACCAAACCCAGCAGUAUUGACGUGCUCCGAUCCGCGAAGGACAAUCUCCAACCUCAUUUCACUGGUUCAGCGUUCCCCCCAAUAGUCGUGGUGGCCACCAAAUCAGAUCGCGCAGAGGAGUUGGGCGAGGGUUGGGAGGAGGGGUUGGCGGCGGGACGGGAGCUUGCGAACCAGCUCGGGGUGCCUUUUUUUGUGACGUCGUCUGUUACUGGAGAAGGCGUGGGAGAGGCGAUGGAGGAUCUGGCGACGAAAGUACUGCAGAACCGUGCCGCAUUGGAGCGUGAGGGUGCAAAUCAUGACGAGGUGAGGGCAGAAGGUCAACCAGCAGGGGGUAAGAGGCGGAGUAAAUUGUGUUGUUUUGCAUAGAUGAUAGGGGUUCAAGUUCUGUGAAUUUGUUAGCAGAGUUGAGGAGCCAUAGCGAUACUCUGAAUACAUUCGCUGAUGGGUCGUCAAAAUUGGUUGGCUCAAAGCAAGAGUAGGUGAAGCAAGCCUGGACAGAUACUGCUACAAGCCAGAAAUCUCAACCACGCUAUCUUUUGCCUUGUAGCGAUUAAAUCGAAAGGUAUUCAUUUAGAAGUUGUUAAGAUCGGGCUAAUGUAGGUGAAUGGGGUAGAGCUAGCCUUGCAUGCGGGUGCCGGCGUUGAAGCUGCUUUUAGCGUAGAGCUAUAGUGGCUCCCGUUGUCGUGUUUACUGAAAUGCAUAUGAAAAU